GGGAUGUCCUGCUACGAGCUGUGUCCCCCCGGCCCCUGCGGCCCCACCCCGCUGGCCAACAGCUGCGCCGAGCCCUGCGUGCGGCAGUGCCAGGACUCCACCGUGCUCAUCCAGCCCCCGGCCGUGGUGGUGACCCUGCCCGGGCCCAUCCUGAGCUCCUUCCCCCAGAGCACCACCGUGGGCUCCUCGGCCUCGGCCGCCGUGGGCAGCGCCCUGAGCGCCGGGGGGGUUCCCAUCAACUCCGGGGGCUCCCUGGGACUGGGGGGCUUUGGCUCCCCCGGGCUGGGCGGGGGCUACAACCGGCCCUCCCGGCGCUCCAGCACCUUCCGCGGGGGCUUCUACGGGCCCUGUUAG